UGCGUAUGGUUAAUUCCUUAACAGUAACAUUCAAAGCUGUAACUAGAUCAGAUGGGUUUUGAGCUACCGUUCUUGUGGAACAAGAAAUCCACCCACAAAAGCCAGGCAUCACCAACGGACAGACAUAUCUUCGGAACUUGAUUUCAAUAUCAUCUUUUAUCAGACGGUAACAUCAAGACUGCAUCGGGCGGGUGGUGCAGAAGCUUUUCAAUUCAAACUAUAGUUUGCUGGCGAGAAAUUUUCACAACCUUGUAGCAGCUUAGAAAUUGGUUAGAGGAUUUUACUGGAAAAAUCCAUUUAGAUUCAAAUGGGUGAUAGUCAGUACUCCUUUUCUCUCACCACUUUCAGCCCUUCUGGGAAGCUUGUUCAGAUUGAACAUGCCUUAACUGCAGUUGGGUCUGGUCAAACAUCAUUGGGGAUUAAAGCUGCUAAUGGUGUUGUUAUUGCAACUGAGAAAAAAUUACCAUCCAUCCUGGUCGACGAGACAUCUGUACAAAAGAUCCAGAAUUUGACUCCAAAUAUUGGAGUUGUAUACAGUGGUAUGGGCCCUGAUUUCCGAGUUCUAGUUCGGAAAAGUAGGAAGCAAGCCGAGCAAUAUCAUCGGCUGUAUAAAGAACCAGUUCCAGUUACACAACUUGUCCGGGAAACUGCUACUGUCAUGCAGGAAUUUACUCAAUCAGGUGGUGUAAGACCAUUUGGUGUUUCACUCUUGGUUGCUGGAUAUGAUGACAAGGGGCCACAACUUUAUCAAGUGGAUCCAUCAGGUUCGUACUUCUCAUGGAAAGCUUCAGCUAUGGGGAAGAAUGUUUCUAAUGCAAAAACGUUUCUCGAAAAGAGGUACACGGAGGAUAUGGAACUUGAUGAUGCUGUUCACACUGCCAUUUUGACCCUCAAAGAGGGGUUUGAAGGACAAAUUUCUGGCAAAAACAUUGAGAUUGGCAUUAUUGGCAAUGACAGAAAAUUUAGGGUGCUUUCACCAGCUGAAGUUGAUGAUUACCUGCAGGAAGUAGAGUAGAGUUUCUUCUGGUGAGGAGAUUGGAGAUUUUUACAUUUGUAUCAGAAAUAAAGCGUAUUCAGUGCUAGAAAUUCUGGUGUUUUAACUAUUUGGGCUAUGACCGUUCUUCCCGGUGGUUCUAUUCUAAACCUACCAUCUUAAAACGUUGGAAGUGUUAAUAACGUCUGCAUCAUUCACCCUGUGCAAACUUGCAGUAUCCUUGGACCAUCUGUAUCUCAUAGUGCAUUGGUUAUUUGGUCUUAAAAUUAUUCCGUUGGAGAUGUUGAACUUUA